UUGAACAGCUGUUUGCACUGUUUUUACAGAUUGAGGCAGAUCGGUUAAACACGUGGGGAGGAGAUCAGUAAAGCGAUUGAAAACAUUCAAACUGCAUUGUUCCUAGCGUGGCAGCAUUGGGGACCUUAAAAUACUGCGUAACGUUUGGUGUCUCGUCGAAAUGCCAGUUCGGUUUCGGUCUGUUGUUUCCUACACGAUGCCUGGAGUGCUUGUGCUCAUUGGCUGGUGGUGGUACACCUCGAGGAAGAAAGAGCGACCCGUCGGACCGAAAAGCCCCGAGGUCCCUUCGACUUCUGUGAGCUUUAAAGACUCUCAUCAAGAGUGCAACAACGGUUUGCUAUAUGAAGAGGAAAGCCCAGCCUUCACAAAUCACAGCAACGAGAACACAGAGAAUGAAAUUAUUUCCCCGACGCCUCCCCAAGAUCCUGAAGCAAUAUCUUUACUGGAACAAGCGUGCAAUGAUGUUCAUUUUUGCGGCAGAACGAUGCAUGAGGAAGCUGACCGACCAUCAAAUAUAAUUACACCAACAUUUAGAGACAGUGAUUUGGUAGAGGAAUCAAUGAAACCCCUCAAAGGCCCUGAAUGUGACUCGACCCCUGACUUUAUUGGUGAGUUGGAGAAAUGCCCAGCCACAGAGUUGGAUCUUCUUCCAGAAGACUUGGUAGAGGAAGUUGCUUUGUUAUCCAAUGACUCCAAAGACACCAGAUUUUCCCCCAUGGCAAUAAAUCUUUCGGAUGCGGAGCGGCCAGAGCCAGAGGGUGAAGUUGCAACGCAUCACAGCGCUGUAACUUCACAAGAGGAGGCCGUCUGCUUAUUCACAUCAGCUGAAACACACAGGAUGGCGUCGUCAGACGGAGACUCUCUGGAAAAUGCCCUUUCAGUACAGGAUUUACACAAAUGCAUCCUGACCAGCACACCUACCAUCCUUUCCUCCGAAGUCCAGGGUACAUCCACCUCAUUAGAUACCUCAGUGGACGUGCAUUUUAAGGAAAACCCUCAAGAAAUGAGCGAUCUGGAGCUACUGGCAGCUGGACUCAUUACUGAGGUCCUCUCUGCAGCCACACAAGAAGUUCUUGGGACCAGCAGCUGUGAGGUUUCAGCAAACACUAAACCCUCCAACAUGAGUGUUACUCUGGCCGGUGGCACUCGAUCUUCACUACUUGAUCCAAUAAUGGAAGACUUUCCUGCUGAUGUUCCCUCCCAGGGAAACCAUGAGCAUUCAGAGGCUGCAGAGAAGGAAGUCCAAGCAGUGCCAAAAGGUUUCUCAGUGACUCCAGGGUGGGGAAAUGUCGAAACCAGGAUUCUGAAAACCAAGAGCGCACAGAAUGCAGCCUGGCCAACACUACCACACCAAAGGGAAACGCUACUUAAUAGAUCUGACGAUGCUUCAGUGCUGACUGAAGACUCGGCCUACAGCACAUACCACUCUGAGGAAGGGAACAGCAGCGAGGACCUGCAGAGCAGCAUGCUGGGGAAUCCAGCAGGUGUUUUAAAGAUUACAGACUCAUCAGCAAAUGAAACUGUACCACUUCAGUCUGCAGCUGGGAGCUCCGCAAAGGAAGCUGGAGGAAAUUCUGAUGCUGUGUGUGGCAUAAAGAAAGUUAACGGGGACGACCUGAGGAACGGAGCUCAUGGGACAUGUGAGUUGGACACAGAUCAGUCUGGAGGUUCUGAUGUGAACAGCAUGGAUUCUGUGGACAGCGGCUGCACUAUGAGUAUUUGUGAGAACCAGGGCAACAACUCUACAUCAUCUACCUCAGAACUCGUCGUCUGGGAGAUUGAGGUCCCAAAGCAUCUAGUAGGACGAUUGAUUGGGAAACAAGGGAGAUAUGUCAGUUUCCUGAAGCAGAACUCUGGUGCAAAAAUCUACAUUUCCACUUUGCCUUACACACAGGAUUUCCAAAUCUGCCACAUUGAAGGUUUGCAGCAGCAGGUUGAUAAGGCACUGUCGUUUAUUGGCAAGAAAUUUAAAGAUCUGGACUUGAGAAAUCUGUAUGCACCUCCACUCACAUUGCCAUCACUUCCCAUAACCUCUUGGCUCCUUCUGCCUAGUGGAGUGACGGUUGAAGUGAUUGUGGUCAACAUUGUGUCAGCUGGCCACGUCUUUGUCCAGCAGCACACCCAUCCCACCUACCACGCUCUGCGGAGUCUCGACCAGCAGAUGUUCCUUUGCUAUUCCCAGCCGGGAACUCCAGCUCUGCCCUCACCCGCUGAAAUGGGUGUUAUUUGUGCAGCCCCAGCAGUGGACGGGGCCUGGUGGAGAGCUCAGGUCAUCAGCUUCUAUAAGGAAACUGAUGAGGUGGAGAUUAGAUAUGUCGACUACGGGGGUUAUGACAAAGUGAAACUUGAUACACUCCGACAAAUCAGAUCGGAUUUUGUGACACUACCCUUUCAAAGUGCAGAAGUACUGCUUGACAACGUUGCUCCACUUCCAGGGGAGGAUUGUUUCUCAACGGAUGCUACGACCACAUUGGAAGAAAUGACCCGAGGUGUCGCCUUGCUAGCACAGGUCUCAAACUAUGACGACAACACAGGCCUCCCACUUGUCCACCUGUGGAACCUUGUUGGAGAUGAGGUCAUUUCAGUGAACCGCACUCUGGCAGAGAGGAGCCUGACGGUUUGGGUGGAUGGAUUCUGAAUUCCCUGAUUACCAUAGAGUCUAACAAACUCACCCACAGAGAAACUGAAGGAAACUGAAGUUCCUUGUGGUCAGCAGUAGCUGACCCAGCUCAUCCUAGGGAUCCCAACUGUACCAGGCACGUGACUGAAAAGAUUGGUGUUGGGUUAUUUUGGUUUUUUUUUGUGUGUGUGUGUGUGUUUUGUUCCCCCGUUCCCCUCUUUUCUCAAAUCGGCUCUUCCACUCUUUAAUUCAACUGACAGCAGAGACGUUAUUCUCAGACAUAGUCCACAGGGAAACAGCAGCUCUCUUAACACGGACUUCUGUUUUUUUUUUUCCAGGAAAUACAUAAAGAACAUGUAAUUUUUUUUUUUAAAAAAGUGAAUGUAUUGUAACAAUAAAGGCUCAAAUUAUAUAUCAGCUCCCAUUCUACCCAAAACCCCCUGGCUCCACAGACUGUGGCUUGUUAUGCCGCAUAUGAGGGCAGACGCAUGCACGGAGUCCUGACUGUAUUUUUGUUAUUUUUUUUGGUAGGUCUGUUUAUUUUCAGUUGGACUGUGUGGUGGGGAUGUUGGGUGACAGAUGAGGCAGCUUUAGAUGGACCAUUCCUGUCUCAGAGUGAGACAGGAGGGUAACUUCCCUCUGCUCUUUCUAUUCCCACAUCCGGACUGCAUGUUCUUAGAGAAUAUUACGAUUCCUGACUUUAAAAAAAAAAAAAGCACUCCAACUGUUUUUCUUUAAUGAAAGAUGUGUUGAUUAAAAUCUCACUUAUUAUAGAAGAUGCAUUUUGCUGACCUCUUUUUAGGAGGUAUACCAUUGCCAUCAUGUGAACUACAGCAGGUUGUAUUUGUCUGACAAAACAUCCACAUUGACUUUAUUUUAUAGUGUCUUCCAAUUUCAAGACGCCCCCGCCCCAACAUCCUACAAGUACAGAAGUUUUAAAUGUGUGAGCAGCAAGUUUUCUGUUUGCCUUCAUCUUAACCCUUGUGACGGUUGGAAAUCGUCUUGUGACUUCUGCUGCUGUUGCUGUGUCCCAGAAGUUGAAGUCAAAUUUAUGUCCUUUGGGUUAACAGUAAAUCUAAAGAAGUUGCAAGUGUGAGGUGGAACAGAGAUCUUUUUUUAAUUUAUUUCUUUUUUUUUCUUGAUGUGGGGUUUGUUGUGUUCCACAAAUCCUUGAGGUUUGUGGAGCAGUCUGGGGUUGAAUUACACAUGGCACAUAAGAGAAACACUACAUGGAAUCAGGUUUUAUUUUUAUUUUUUAUUUUUUAAUGCUGCUGUGUAAUUUGGAGCUGCCAUCACAUUUCACUAAAUUCAGUUUGUGGUAAUGUCAAACCAGUCAAGAACUCCUGUACUUGGUGAGCAAUCAUUUCCAAAUUGAGUUCUCUCAUUUGAAUAUGAAUAUCAGACCAGGCAAGAUGCAAUUUUGCUGGCCGGUCUGAUACCCGACUGUCACCCAAAAUGAAUGUUAUAUCAUAAAACUCAGUUUGCUGGGACAUUAUGUGAACUUAUACAAACAUUAGAUUUAGAUGUAUGUUGUGACACCAGUUGAAACAUUAUUGUAAGAAACGCAACAAAAACAGGAAGCGUAGUCAGUUACCACAUUUACGUUUGAUAUUCUGAAGAAGCCAUAUUUCAGAGAAUUGUUCCCGUUGUAUCAUUCCAGCCGGUGAUGUGGCAUUAAGUCUGUUACCGCAGAGUUGACCUGCUCCUGAUUGCUUACAAAAUCAAAAAGGCAGUUUAGGCAGCUGAGUAGUAAUGCGAAAAAUGCAGCAUAAAGUUCCAAAGAGGAGAGUUUAUUAGGACGUGCUGAAAUAUUAUUUCAGUUUGCAGAGGAGCAAAACUCCCAAUUUGGGUCGUGGCACAGAUCCAGCUUCUGUGACAGACACAGAUGUGUCUGAACUUAUCUGACUGAAGAACACCAAACUUAAAAGGAAAAUGUGAUUGCUGUAUUAUUUAAGCCAGUAAGAACCACUGCUCUGUCACUUUAACAAAACAAUCAACAUAUUCUUCCCAGUGAAAAAUAUUUGUUCUCAGAUAAGCACUUACAGUAGUAAAUUAUUUA